GGCUCUGGAGCAGAUUCAGUGGCACAGUCAGUCGAUGUGCGUGGCUGCAGGACGAGAGCAUGGAGUAAGGGAGCAGCCAGCACCAUGGGCAACAAGCACGUCAAGUCGGCCGCCGAGAGCAACGGCUCGUCCAACUCGCACGAGCAACAGCCCCCCAGCAGCAGCAGUCCUGAACUCGUCAACGGGGUCGAGCCGCAGCCCCAACUGACCGAGCAGCAGGUGCUGGUCCUCGAGGAGACUUGGAAGGAGCUCGAGUCAAAUAUUUCCAAGGUUGGAGUUAUCACGUUCAUCAGCCUCUUCGAGACGCACCCGGACGUUCAGGAAACCUUUUUGCCGUUCAGCGGGAUGGAGUUGGAAGAGUUGAAGCAGAGCAAACAACUGAAGGCCCACGCGUUGAGGGUGAUGCAGAGUGUGCAAAAGGCGAUUGCUCGGAUCCACGAGCCGGAAAAGCUGGAGGCGCUGCUGCGGGAUCUCGGUCAGAAGCACUACUUCUACGGGGCCAAACCCAACUACGUGGACCUGAUUGGUCCUCAGUUUAUUCAAGCUAUUCGACCCUCACUCGAAGAAAAAUGGACCGAGGAGCUGCAGGAAGCGUGGCUGCAGCUGUUUCGAUACAUGAGCUGCAUAAUGAAGUCUGCCAUGGAACAAGAGCGUAUAACAAGUGGAGUGGCGCCCACAAACUGAGAAGCCCAUAUAUACGGGACCUGUCUCGGCCUGCAGCUCAAGAAAAAUGCGUCAUCCGCGUACUUUUCUCGUCGCUGCUCGGGAAUAUUACCUCGGAGAAUGUCUGCUGCUGGAAUCCUUCAAGAUACGCACGUGGACAAGACAUCAGACAUUAUAUUGUGUUUUAAAACUCAUUUUUUAAUACUAACUAAAGCGCCUCUCUGAACUGCGAAACGGAAACGACUCGUUUUAAGGAGGGGGUUUAAAUUUGCAUUUAAAUACGAGCUGUUUCCCGCGAAACCGCACUUGAGAGAAGUGCUUUUGAUCCUUAUAUUUAAUAAUGUGUUGAAGUUAUCCUAAUUUCAACCCUCACACAGGGAAUAUUUGCAAGUGCUCGCAUAAUUACGUGCCAGCCACGCGUGCACUUCGGCUUUUCUCCACAAUAUCAGGACAGCUCCUCGCUUCUCGUUGUUUUGCUCCCUUGGUUUGAAGUUACUGCUAAAAGCCCUUUCGAUUUGCGCCACCAACAUCGCGUAUCGAGGCUUUUUCGCUAAUGGCAACCACUCUGAGCGCGAGGCGAUAAACAACACACGAGCUUUCGAAUAGGCAGGGGGAGUGCAUUGUUUUUAAAAUAUCCAAUUCAGGAAAAUUAAUACAGCAAAAUUUUCCAAUUAUUUUGAUUAUUAUAAGUGCUGUUCAACAUCAAAGUUAAUUUUCAAUUACUCCACCGAUAUUAAAUUACGCUGCACCGUCAUUUAUCGGAUAUUUGCCUGUAAUAACAGCAUAGAAACUCGAUAAAGUAUAUAUUAAAUUUGAUCGGUGCACGAUGUAAAUUUUGCGUCCGCCAGCAGCGCUAUAUUUCCAAGAUCGGAUUGGUAAUGUUUCUAGCAUACGGAUAAUUGGUGUUUCUGUUGUCUUGCACCCAUUUGCAGGCGUCGAAUUAAAAAAAAUUAUUUACGCAAUCGAGCAACAUGAUUAAUUAUGUUACGAAAGAGCUCUAUAAAUAAUUUGAAUUUUCCAUUAAAUUCUUGCAAGGAAAUCCAAGUUUUACGAUGUGUGUGUUUGGAAACAUAUGCCUAAUGACUAUAAUAAAAAAUUUAUAGGAAUAUAGUGUAAAUAAACAUGACAUUGCUCUUUAUAUUAAUUGAAUUAAAUAUAUUGUAUGAAUGUAAGUGGUUAGUCAGUAAUGUAUCCUAAAAUAAAUGUGAUGUUAUCCUUGGGAAGA